AUGAGUUUGAAGGGGCUUCUUUCACGGCUCUCACAGCAACACAUUAGCACAGGCACUUUCUCAACAGGAGUCCGUGCUUGGUCGGGGGUCCUGCCACUUUCUUCGGUCAGACUGGUACACAGUACGCCACGGAAAGACCAUACGACGCUGUUAAGCAAUGACAAGCUAGCCAGCUUCAACGUUUUGAGCUUGAAGGCACUCAAAAACGAGUGCCGCAAUCGGGGGCUAAAACUGUCGGGAAGAAAGGGUGAGCUUGUAGACCGCAUCUUGGCAUUCGAAAAUUCGAAAUCAAUGCCCGGAAUGUCAAAGAUCGUUGGAGCCCGUCAGAUGCAUUCAUCCAAGCUGCUCAAAAACAAAGGUGACACAAAACCUGUAGACGAUGUCAAGCUUCCUGACGUUGCAGCAACAGAGGAUUCUUUGGAGUCACUGGACAAGGAGUAUAUCGUUCACAUAACACCCCUUUCCGAAAGUGCAGAUCGAAAACCAGUGACAAUGCUGGAAAAGGAACUGCUUGCUAAGGACAGCACAUCGGAUACAUCACCUCAGGUUUCGACCACAGACCACGACAAGGUGAUUUUCCAGGCCGAUGCACCAGCAGAAAGCUUUGACAUUGUAAACGAAGAGGCUGAGAGUACCACUGAUGUAGACGCAUCGAUCAAAGGCGACCCAUCGGAGGAUUCGAACACGCUAAACUCGAGAGACAAGACUUUUUUCUUUAGUGUUGCAGCUUUAGUGGCCGGCUGGUGGUCACUUAAGCUUUGGUCGAAUAAAAAGGACCGUAAACACUAG